AUGGCGCCUCCGCCCUUCACUAAGGUCACCUCCACGAAUACCGACGACCCAGAGCUUGCUCUACCCGAUCGUACUCUUACCGGUUCUGAGUCUACUCCUCAACGUCUCAAGCUUUCUGGUUACAUGCGCAACCACUCUGGCCGCGCUUUCAUACGGGCCAAGCCCUUGUACAAGAGUCUCGCGAAGGAGAUGCGCGGCAUGUUCUUGGGCCCGAUGCCGGUCAUGACAUUCCUCAAGAGAUUCUUGCCCUGCGAGACGGAACGUAACUGUCCUAAUAUCAGUAUCGCCGUGCGCGAAGCCGACUUCAAGCUCAAGAAGCGUGUUCGCGGCAAGACGGCAGAGGACAAAAUCUGUGAUGCUAUCAACGAUUCGGAGGUUCUCAGCAACCUUCACUUCCAAAACACGUCCGACACUCCGCUCUCGAUGCUCGAUUCCUUUCCCGAGAGCGAGAGGGCUGAUCGCAAGGUCGACAUCAGCGCCUUCAUCCGUACGAAGCCCGGGUCUGUACCGAAGCCUUCCUUUGAAGCGCUUCGUCUACCCAUCGAACUCAAACCUCCUGCGGUCGAUAUCGUCGUGAACCCAACGGGGAAGACGUCCGAAGAGCGCAAGAAGGAAGGCUUUGAACAUCAGACUGCGGAGGCGAUUGAAGCUCGCGGUCAACUUUCGUCGUACACUCUACAUCAAUUCCAGCACCAGGACUGUACGCAUGCCUUCUCCGUCCUGAUCUUCGGCUUGCAAGCACGCCUUUUGCGCACCGACCACAGCGGUGUCAUUGUCACGGAAGCCUUCGAUUACACGAAAGGCGACCUCUUUACGGAGUUCCUCUGGAGGUUUGAUCGUGCUCUCGAUGGUGAUGGUACUGGCAAGGCGGGCGUCGAUACGUCGGUCACACCUCUCGCGCAAGACGACGACGUCGUGUUGAAGGCGCGCCAGGCGUUUGCAAACGCGGAGGACGAGUUGCCUUAUGUGAUUACGCCAGAGACACCACUGCGUAAGAUCAUCGUAUGGGACGAGUACACAUGUGCUCCGAGCGAGGCGCCGCCGGCGCGCGAGCUGAUCGUGGCGCCGUCCGUACAGCAUUCGUUCUCACCGCUAGGGCGCUACACCCUGAGCUUCCCCGCCUACGACCCGGAGACCAAUUCCGUGUGCUGGAUGAAAGAUGCCUGGCGUAUCGCCGUGGAUGGCUUUGAGAAGGAGGGCGACACAUAUGCUAAGCUUACGAAGCUGGAGGGCAUCGAGGGUCUGAUCCCUGAAGUCUUGUGCGCUGGGGAUGUCCGCGAUUCGGAGGGCAAGAAACAAGCGACGGAGACGCAAGACCACGUCGGUGCCGACUGGGCCGCGCACACUUACAAUAUUCACCGUUACGUGCAUUAUCGGAUCGUCUUCAAGACCAUCGGUCGGCCUUUGACGACGUUCAAGAAUACGAAGGAGCUCGUUCAGGCGAUGGCGGAUGCGCUGAAAGCACAUACCAUCGCUUACAACGACGGCGAUAUACUGCACAGGGAUAUCAGUAUCAACAACAUACUCAUCAGAAACGGGCGUGGAUUAUUGAUAGACUGGGAUAUGUGCAAACACCUGGACAAGAACGAGCCUCGCGUUCCAUGGAGGACUGGGACUUGGCAGUUCAUCGCGGCACAGCUUCUGGAUAGCCCCAGGAGUACCACGCAUACGUUGCGCCACGACCUGGAAUCGUUUAUGUGGCUGUUACUUUAUGCGACUCUGCGUUACCAUUAUCGCCUCCCUCACUUGGAGGCACCCGUUGCCCACAAGUCGCAGGCGAAGGCACUUCCAAAACUCAAUCUACCUCCGUCGACAAAACCGAACAAGCAGAGCAAGCGGCCCAGACCAACAAUGCCACAACGUCAAGUAACGUACAUGGACUGGGCGGAGGUACAAGCUUAUGUCCAUUACCUGUUUGACGACAAGAAAGAGGAAGGCGAGUCGACGCCCAAAGGAGGGGAGCGCAAGAAACAUUUUCUUUUCGGCACUGACAAUCACCCGACAAACGAGCAUAUCGCCCACGCCGUUAACGACUUCGAGACUCGUAUACCCCCUCCGCUGGCGAAGCUCAUCUCCGAUCUCCGUGAUCUUUUCGCGCCUCUUUACACCCUCAAAGGUGUAGUUGAAGACGAGGUCCAAGACUUGGAGGAGGAACGUGUCGGUUCCGCUAUCUACGUCGAGCACUUCUUCAACGAAGCGCUCACAGCAGACGGCUGGCGGGACAACGACGCAGGACAGGACCAUUUUGUCUUCGAACAACGCACGAGGAAGCGUAGGCGUGGUGAUGAGGAGCAAUUGGAGGCCGAAGACAGCGACGCCGAUGUUGAUCUCGCGGGAAUCAGGACGGCGUGCACCGAGCGCUUGCUGUCCCGUCCUCUCAAAAUAGUAUCUGGAGGCUCAUCAGUACCAGUGCUUUCAACGAGGGCAUGCUCAACCCUUCGCAUCGACAUCACUCACUCUAUGACCGGGAUGGAUAAUAUGUCGCGCAUGCGCGUGCUCUCGACGCCGGAACUUCUGGAUGGUAUAUUCGUAGUUUGCACUCGGAAGGAGAUCGCCAGAUUCGCGCUUGUCUGUAGGACCUGGCUUGGCCCUGCGCAAGACCAUAUCUGGCGCGUUGUGGAGACGCCGUGUCAGCUUUUUCGGGUACUUGCCCCCGUUCAUUGUCCUGGGAAGGCCCAUCAGUCAAAUGGACACACUAUAGAGCGCAUACCUACGAAAGCCGAUUGGCGGCGUUUCACACCUAUCGCGUCGCGCGUGCGCGUGCUUCAAGUGAGCUCGCGCAGCGAAACGAAAUGCAAAGCAUCCCUUACCGCUGUACUUUCCGACAUCGCUGUCACGCGACCGCCUGAGGGCAUCUUCCCAAACCUGCAGCACGUCGAUCUCGUCUCGACGAAUCUCCCCCACGCGUACAUGACGCUGCUCCUUUCCCCCAGCCUCACGAGCCUCAACGCCAGCAUGCCAACUGAGAAGUCAGGGCAUACUCUAGGAGACUUCCUCGAAGACCUGGUUGCUGGCGCACCAGGUCUGACUUCUCUCUCCCUCGUAGCAUCUCAGCACGCGGGCCACCGCGCGAGGAACUACGAACAAGCCAUAGGCGCACUUCCUGCGCAUCUCCCUCGGCUCGCAGUCUUGAAGUUGCCACCAUAUUUUCUGACAUCCACGGUGCUCUCGAUGUUCUCGACGAGCCAGAUUGCUGCACUCGAGUUCUCAGAAUUGAGACACUCUACCGACAACGCUGGCGAUCCGCACGACGUCGCCCUCUUGCGCCCCGAGCUUGAAGAGGGCGCCUUUCCAGCGUUGCGCCGAUUGUCUAUCUGUGGUCGCCUGACCGACUUGCACGACUUAUUCUCAGACCCCCAUUUCCCUACUGGCAAUCUCUCCGAGCUAGUCAUACGAGGCAUCCGCUCAGAGAGCGAAGCUGACACCCGUGAUAUCAUCAAAGAACUCGUUGACAGAUGCCGCCUUCUGACCAACUUCUUCCUAUUGAUGACACCUCCAGCAAGCCCCGUAUCCACUCCGGGUGCAACUCCCGAGGAGGACAGCAUAUUCUGGGUCGAAGAUGAGGACGCCGAACCGCUCACAAUCGAAACGUUACGACCACUCGCAACCUUACAUCACUUACAGCGCAUCAGCGUCGUGCACGCUCAGCCAUUACUCAUUUGCGAUGCAGAUGUGCGCUACAUGUGCUCUCGUCUACCCGGUCUUCGCAGGCUCGUUCUAAACCCUGCACCCCGUACAAGAGGGACUCCCGCACUCACAUUGCUCUCCAUGAUCCACAUAUCAUCCCAUUGCCCGCGUAUACACAGUCUCGCGCUCUACGCGAACGCAUCGGCAGACGUCAAGUACCCCGUUCUUGUAACGGCUCUUCCGGCCCGUAUGCAUCUGCAACUGCAUGCUUCUCCGCUCUUGACGGGAUGUCGCGGUGAAGUAAUACGCUUCCUCAGUCGGAUCCUCCGCCCCGGUACGAGCUUGAAGAGCGCGAUUGCACCGAUGGCCGAUGCGGGUAGCCCUGGAAGCAGCAUUGGGUCGAGCUCCGCGUGGGGUUGGAUCGUCGACAGACUGCCAUUGAUCUUGGAGAUGCGGCAGGAGGAGAGGGAGCUGGUUGCACUCACGCACUUUGCCAACACAGGAGAACCGGAGAUCGUGAUCAUUGAAGACGAUGAUGACGACGAGGGAUCACCGGACGGUCAACAAUCUCAAACGGCGUGA